GGAUUAAAACAUAUGAGCUCACAUCUAAUGACCUACUAAAAGCCUGUGCCCUAGAUCUUUUUGGUAUUUCGUUAUUAGGUUUUUAGCCGGGAACAAGCGGCAUUAGAGCGCUGCGCCUCUCUGAUUGGUCUGUGUCGGAGAGUGGGCGUGGCCGUUCCACCACGCGCCGAACGCCUAUAAAUACGUGCGCUCAGCUUCAGCCCGGCAUCUCACGCUCGUCUGCUCGCCUCGAAGAGAUUGCUUUUCCAGCGUACCUAAUAGAAGAUAACUUGGAGCUUUAAAGGAUUAUAUCAACUCUGAUAUAAACUGCUGUUUGGAGUACACGUGCGAUGAAAAUCCUCAGAGAGGCCGAGACCAUCAAAAUGGACAGAAAGCUUUUAAAACCUCAGGUAGAAAGAAGAAGAAGAGAAAGGAUGAAUCAAAGUCUGGAGAACCUGAGAAUGCUGCUUCUGCAAGGCCCUGAGCACAAUAGUCCCACGCAAAGGAGAAUAGAGAAAGCCGAGAUCUUGGAAUACACCGUCCUGUUUUUGCAAAACUCCGCUGCUCAGGCCAAGAAAGCAAAAGACGCGGAAGGAGGAGAAAAGAGUCGGUUUAUGGAUGGCUUUUCAUCUUGUCUUCAGAAAGCAACCCGCUUCUUGUCAGAUGAAGGUAAGGCCCGUGGACAGGAAGGUUCGGUGAACGCCGUGCUGUGUCAGCGUCUGUCCCAGCCCUGCGCGUCGACCACCGUCCGACUGCCUGCCAGAAUCCAGAACUCGUCCAGAAAGCAGCUUCCAGACUCAAACGGGCGGCAUCAUCUGCAGCAGAGCUCCGUCUGCAAACAAGGACUUCCUACGGCUUGCAGGAACGUUGUGCCACAUCUGAACAGGGUUCCAUUCAGAAGCUCAGAUUCCAACGCGCUGCAUUCGACGGCCCCACCAACCUCUCAACACCAGACGGUCGGCCAGACGGUCUGGAGGCCUUGGCCUUGAGAGACAUUUAAGACAUUGGCAGAGAAAUGGACUCGAAACACUGGGCUUGUGUAAUCAUUAAACAUGGUUCAUCUCUUUUAAAUUAUAGGCUUCAGAGAGACAUGUUUAAUUAAAAAAAAUCAUCUGACAUCACGUUGGAAAUGUAAAAUGUGUAAAUAGUGUAUGAUAAAUUAUGCAAUAUAUUUUUACACAGAUUUUUUUUCUUUUUUUUUGUUGUUGCAUGAUCUGUACUGAGUGUAUGAUCAUUUGUAAUACAUAGCUGAUGUAUGUAUUUAUCUAUUUUGCACAUUUAUUUAUUCACGACAUUCCCUUUUUAUAGUUGCAUACUUGGGGGGAUAAAACAUACAUUCCGUCAUUAAAAUUUAAA